CAUCGCCCGCCCCGGGGGCUCAUAGCCCGCCCUGGGUGUUCAUAGCCAGCCCCGGGGGUUUAGAGCCGCCCCGCGCCUCCGCCCCGCAUUUCGGGCAGUGUGGCAGGAUGCGGCCGGCACUGGCAGCGUGGCUGGUGCUGAACCUGCUGGGGGGGACGGGAGCCGAUGGCACAUGCGGGGAACCCCCCGAGGUCUGGACCCAGUCCGUCUCUGCGCCCCAACUCAGCCCCGAGGAGCGGCUGUCGCCCCACAUGCCCGGAUCUCUGCUCUGCGACGCCUGCCACGCCAUCGCCUUCCAGAUUGAGCAGCAGCUACUCAAGGCAGAGGGAAAGAUGGGCAAGAAGGCGCUGAAGGAAUCAGACUACAUCGAGGUGUUGGAGAGGAGCUGCUCACAGGACUGGGAGAGUUACGGGGUGCUGGAGSUGGACGGGGAGAAGCGGCUGUCGGGGCCGGGGCUGCCCAGCCAGCAGCCCCUGAGCGUGAUGGUGUCGGGGGGACUGUGGCCGAGCAGGCUCUCCAAGAUGUGCCACAGCUACGUGGGCGAGCGGGGCGAGGCGCAGAUUUACGGGGCKCACCGGCGGGGCCCGGCMGCGCUGCGGCAGCUGCUGUGCCAYGGGGACAAGAGACCCUGUGCCGGCCGCAAGGACGGGGGGCCCGACCCCCCCAAGGCGCUGCAGAACGAGCUGUAGCCCCGGCGCGGUUAA